ACAACAAAAUAGAAGAAGAAUUCUGCAAUUCAGUUUUAUUUUUCAUUUGAUGAUAAACAAAAACAAACCGUGAUUAAACAAAAAUUUGAAAGAAUAUUCAAGAAUAAAUUUAAAAAUUGCAGAGAACACGUCAAGAGAAGUUUAAUAAAAGAGAAAAUAGCAACAAAUAGUUUUUGUUUUGCUUUACAAAAGAGUAAAAAUUAUUGCGUCUUUUCACACAGUCAUCUACAAUUUCAUAUAAAAACAACGAACAGAAACGAAUUGUAUUACAGUUUUGCAAUAAAAGUUCAACAAAAAACACACAAAUUAUUCUACUAAAAUAGCAAGCAGCAGUGUUGUAAGAAGUUAAAAAAAGCAGGCAGACAUUUUGUGUAAAGUGCUAAAAGAAAAAACAUAUUAAAAGAAAAUUUGUUACAAAGUUAUAGAACAUUUUGAGAAAUUUGAAAUUACAAACAAGUGUUUUGCAUAAAUAAAUAAAAAAACUACAACAUGGAUCAACAAUUCCUUAAGAUUACAUAUCAUUCGGGUGCCAAGAAAAUGAAUGCCUAUUUGAAAAUGCCUUCGCCCACUUAUCAUGUCCUCAAGAAGGAAAUCGAAAUGUGUUUGUUCGAGGAACGCAAACAACCGCGUUGUGAAAUCCGCACCUAUUGGAUUGAUGAGGAUCAGGAUGAAAUUGAAAUUGUUAAUCAAUGUGAUUAUGAAAUUUUCAUGGCGAAACGUUCUAUACGCCAACACUUACAAGUCGCUCCUGUUGGUAUGGAGACAGAGGAUGAACCAAAAGUUGAUGCUACUGUAACUGAUGGUGUCACUAAAACUCCCCUAACCUCUAGUGAGUCGUCAUCGGCUUCCCAACAAGCCAAGGUACCACCAGCUGCUGGUUCUUAUGAUUUUGCUGUACACGAGCAUGUUGAAUGUGAUGCUUGUCUUAUGGCACCUAUUAUGGGUUUCCGUUACAAGUGUAUCCAAUGUCCCAACUAUGAUUUAUGUCAAAAUUGUGAAUCGAAACAUAUACACUCGGAACAUAUGAUGGUACGCAUGCCCACUAACAAUUGUCCCAAUGUUAUUGAGGCCUAUGUUACCGGUCGUACUUCACGUAGACAUGGUAAACGUUCUAAGACUUCAUGUCCAUUCGUUAAAAAUGGCAUAUCAGUUGUAUUAGAUGAUGAAACUGAAACACCUAAUGCUUCAAACGGUGAAGCAAAUGAACAAUCUACAGCUUCACCUGGUAAUGGUAAAGAACAACGUCAUCAUGGCCGUAAACAUCAUCGUCGUCAUCAUCGUAAUAACUUCUUUUCACACUUAUAUGAAAUGAUGCAUGAUUUGGCUGAGGGUGGUGGUGCUGCUGCAGCAGCUCAUGCCAUGGGUGAAUCGCAGACAUCUACUAAGUCUACUUCAUCUACAACAGGUCCCCAAACGACCUCUACCACUACUACUACAUCAUCGAAUACUGCAACUAAUGUUCCCAUCUUUACUACUCAAGAAAAUCCUAUUGCAGCCGCCGCUGCUGCUGCCGCCCAUUUGGCAGCUCAACAAGCUCAUGAAACUGCUAUUAAAGCAGCUGAAAUUGCUGCUAAAGUUGCUCAUGAAUCUGCUGUACAAGCAGCCAAAAAUAUUACUGAAAAUAUGGCAGGUCCUUCAGCUAGUGCCGCUGCUGCCAAUAUGACUGCAACUCCUUCAGCUUCAGCAGAGGGUGGUGAGCAAGCCAAGGAAACAACUAAAGAAAAGGUUGAUACCACUACAUCAUCCAACGAAGCACAACCCAAUGUGGUACCCGUUUUGCCAUCACCUUCUUUGGAAAGUUUGGCACAAUUCCUUGAUCCCCAGUACAUGAAGACUGGCAUACAAAUUUUAAAUAACUUUAGCGAUAUGUUUGCUAAAAUGUUAGAUCCCAUGGAAAAUGUUGAUGGCGAUAAUCAGAUUUAUCCAAAUUUACGUAAAAACUCAACGACAUCAUCUACAAAAUCUUCAGUCUCCUCAAACCUCAAUAGUUUGGGAACUGACAAGAAGAACGCAAGCGAAAAAUUCAUCGAAAAGGAACAGCAGCAACAAGCUAAGGAAACAAACAAACAACCCGAAAGUGAUGUUUCAUCGCAUGUGGAAAUUGAUGAUUUGGGCAGUGAUAGUGAAAAUGAUAGUGUUUCUGAGUCUUUCAUCAAGUUGGAUGCACCCAAAGAAGCCAAUGUGGCCACAACACCCUCUAAUUCUCCUUCUGAUAAAUCACCUUCUGCAGCUAACUCAGCUCAGACUACACCACCACAAUCGUUGGAUAAAUCAAAGGUUAUGGAUUUUGCUCAAUUAAGUGCUGACUUAAAGGCCCAUAUUGCUCAAGAAGCAGCCAAGGAAUCGGAAACCCCUAAGGAAACUGCAAAUACUACAGAUUCAGCUGUUAAUACAAACACUAUAACUUCUACCACUACUGCUAGCGAACCAGUAGUUACUACUACUUCGACUUCUACUACUACUACUGCAACUAACACCGCUACACCCAAUAAACCCGAGGAAAAGCGUGCUGUACCCGUUUAUCAUACCGAUCAACGUAUUAACAACGCUGUCCAUGCUAUGAUGUCUAUGGGUUUCAGUAAUGAGGGCGCCUGGUUAACACAACUAUUGGAAAGUGUUAAUGGCAAUAUACCCGAAGCUUUGGACCUUAUGUCUGUGGCUCAACGUGGUGGUAGCCGUUAAAAUAUUUUACAUUUUCUUAUUUGUAUCUCUAUUUUUUUUUUAUAAAUAUUAAGCUGGAGUGGUUUAUUCAAACUCUCUAAUACUUCAAAGAAUUAUAAAUUUUUAGUUAUAGUUUUUGUUUUCGAUAUGUGGGUCCUUAGGGAACCAUAUUUUUUUUAUUUUUCAAUUAUUCACAUUACUAUAUAUGUAAUUAGUUUGUAGUUUAAUAUGAUAUAUAAUCAAUCAUUCAAAUAUAUUUAUGUCAAUAUAAAUGUGUUAACACAAAAUAUUAAUUACAGUGUUCGUGGAAGACUUAGCUUUCCAGGUUCACUAAUACAAUAAACGCAUAUUAAUCGACAAAA